AUGCUUAUCCACACACUUUCGGUGUACCAGACGAACCUAACAUCUCUCGACGAGCACCUUCCACCAGCGGCGUGCAUCUCUCUCGCUCGCCAGCCAUCACUCUCGCUUGCAAAUGGGCCUCUACGGCGACUGCCUCUCCAGCUCCCCUCCGUCCACCUCACCGUUCUCAAAUUCACGUCGCCGCGCCGCGGGUACGCGUUCUUCACGAUACGGCCGCUCUCUGCCAUCAUGGUGGCUUAG